GUUGCUAUAAAAAUUGUAGCAGCCGCUAAAGCGAGUUCAGUCGAGGCGAGCGCGCCCUCAAGUGACGUAGUGCCAACAUCGCGGUGGAAAACAAUGCACGUCCUCCUGCUCCUGCCGCUCUUCGCGGCCUGCACGGCCAUGCCUUCCUACAUAGCAGUCCCGGCUGAUCAGAUCGCCUUCGUCGACUUGUCAGCUUUGCGUGUGCGACGGGUGCCAAGACAGACGCUUACUCCUCCCCCGCCACCCCCGCAGUUACAGCAGGCGCCGCUUUAUAGGGAGUACGCCGCUCCGGUGCAGGAGUACGCCCCGCAAGAACAGGAGUAUCCAGUGCAGUACCAACAGCAACCAAUAGCACUAGCCCCAGAACCAGAAGCCCCUGCGAGAAUAGUACAAAUCCAAGCGCCCGUACAGCGCGAUGUAGCCAGCGCGGCGUCAGCGCUGGCAGAGCGGCCGCCCGACUUCGGCGAGUACGUGGAUUUCGGUGCCCACACCGGCGACAGCGGCGCCUUCGGCUGGUACGCUGACUACCCCGUCAACGGUCAUGAGGACAGCUACAGGAAGUAGCGAGGUUAUACGUACCCGGCUGCGAGUAACUAGUUAGGAUUUGUUUGUCGUUUUAUGCUCGUUAAUUUUUAUUUUUGAAGUUUGGCUCCCUGUGGAAUGACAACCAUCACAUGUAUUUUGCGCAUGGAACUUGCGCAAUAUUCUUUUUAUACUAUUUUUUAGUAGACAAUAAACUUCUGACUAAAUAAAACGGUCAGAAAUGUGGUAAUUGUAAUGAACACAUAAUGACGUGAUAAAGAUGAGCCAUUUGUUAGCAUUUAUUAAUAUCGAGGAGCUUACUCGCAGUCGGGUAUUAAAACCUAAGCCCCAGCACUUGCCAAUAGAAUAAAACCCUAUUUAUUGAUUCUAAAAUUAUUAAGAUAUGAAUCACGUUUGCAGCAUUAUCAUCGUCGUUCUUUUGAUCUGGGUAUGUUAUUGAAUUAGUAUGAGUAUUACCAAAGACAGUAUUCGAUCCAAGUGAUAUGUAGUUAGUAGAGCCGAAUUACCGCACAUUUGUUUCAAACGGUUAAUUCCGCGUUGCACUUAUUUUUAUAUUCAAAGUUAGUUCCUCACUUAGGUUAAGUUUUUUGAAGAACACUGUGAUACGUACCAAGUUAGAAACCUUUUUCUUCACUCCUGCUCUUAUUACUGUUUCUUUGCAAUCCUUUAUCCUAGAUUUAUUUCGCUUCGUGCUUUAUAGAAGUUACAUUGUCCUAUUAUACAUUGCAUAGUUUUGUUAAAUAUUAUUUAUCGAUGUUCAUUAUUCACUUAAAACAACAUAGUCUACUUUCUAAAUGUUAUUUAGUUGUUUAUUUCAUGUCUUUAUUUAUUUUUAUUGUAAAGUUCAUACCUGUUCUUAUUGUCACGCUUUAGACAUCUAUUAGUCGCUGCUACCUAGAUCUUUUCACCUUAUUUAGCUUAAGUGCCUACUCACUUAAUUCUUGUUCUGUUUAAACUUCAUGCUUAUUCUUUUCUUCACUGUCAUAUUUUCUCUCUUGUUUAUGAAUUAUUACACUAAUCUUUCAUUAUAAUUGUCUUUCAUUAUUCACUCUAGAUUUAAUUAUAACUGCUUUGAUUUCUUUUCUGCUACUAUUAUCACGGCAUUAUUUUUCUAAUUUCACACUUUCCAAUACUUUUCUCUAUUUUACACUUUUAUUACUUUCGCUACUUACUACAUCUGCCACUGCAUUUUACUACAUCACUCUGCUUCUAUUCAACAUUUUCAUUUACACAAGAAUCUGUCUUUUCUAACUUAAAACUAUUCAUUAUUUUAGCUUUCAUGGUAUUUCUUUACUAUUUUUAUCAAUAUUUGACCAUAAUAGAUGAACACAAUUGAGUUAAAUAUUAUCUUGAAUUUCACUUAUACAUACAGUCUUACUUGUAUAUAUAUUCUAUAUUAACUUUUUCGACGUGUCCUUACUUGAUUAUUUGGUUAUUUUUAUCAUUUUCUUUAUUUAUUUCUGUCUAUAAAAUGUAUUCUUCCUCAUCCUUUUCUUACUUAAUAUUUAUCUAAGUACCCUUUAAUCUACUCCUUUACAUCUUAAUGUACAUUAUUUUUCUUAAUUUCUUAGUAAUUUCUGAACUUUUUGAACUGAAUUCCUUUAUUUCUUCUAUACAGUUUCUUCUUUCUUAAUAUCUCACAUAAUCUUAUCUCUAUAAUUUAAUUACUUAAUAAGACGAUUGUUAAAACAAUCUGUCCUUUUGAUGGCCUAUUUUUUUAUAAUGUCUUCUCUUUUUCCUUUUUUUACUAUUGUCUUCUGAUCUUACUCUUACUGCCUACUUUUUAUCUUAUGUCUUUAAAGUGAUUUCUAUUUUCCUUCGCUCACACUGUUUAAUCUUUAUCAAUGUCGUUCUUCUACUACUGCUCUUUAAUACUGCUUACUGCUUCAUUCUUCAUUUUCUUUUUAAAAUCAUUUCUGUUUCUUCCUUUAGCUGUCUAUUCUUAAAAUACGGGUCUUUAUUAUUUUCGCGAUCUGUGAGUUUUCUUGCAUUACAUUUCUCUUUCUUAUAUUCUACACUACAACCAUCAACCGUUUCUUUCUCCUAUCUUAAUCUUUUGCUGCACACAAUUUCCUGCCUAUACUGGCGUUUUCCAAUAUUUUUCUUUUCCCUGUGUCAGUUUUCGUUUUUUUUUGUCUUUUAAGUUAUUUCUACUUUUCUUUGCUCACACUAUUCAAUUUUUAUCAUUGUCAUUCUUCUUUUAAUGUCCAUUUUCUUUCUUUUCUUUUUAAAGCCAUUUCUCUUUUUCCUUAGCUGGCCCUUUUUAAUGCACUUAUUCUUACGGUUUUUGUUAGUUUUCUUGAAUUACGCUUCUCUAAGGCCUCCCCUUGCUUGCCUUUGCCCAGCAGUGAGACACAAAAUAGGCUAUUAAAAAAAACACUUCUCUUUCUUUCUUACACUAAACUAUUACCAUCAGUUGUUUCAUUCUCCUGUCUUAUUUUUUUAUUUUCUUGCCUUUACUAGCGUAUUUUUCUUUUUCCUGUGUCAGUCCUACCUUUCUUUUCUUUCUAUGUCUAUAUGUUUUCUUUCUUUCUUUCUUUUCCGGCACUUUUUAUCUUUUUUCUUAAUUUUCUUAUUUACUUCAGUAAAAUGUGUUUUUCGAAAUGUUUUGUUCAAAUAAAUUAUGAUAGUCGUAUAUCGGAUCCGCUUCCACAUUAUUAUAUUUUUUACAAAUAAAACGUAAAAUACCACAUAACAUACCACGUCAAAAAGACCGACAAUGUUAUGACGUGUAAGUUUUCCUCUUAUCAAAACUAUGCAAUAUGUCCAUUCAAUUGCAAUAUGUUGAGCGUUAUUGUACCUAUGUGUCUUAUUCUUUCUAUUCUUAUUUCAUACAUUUCAUUUUCAUACUUACUUACCACUUUUGAGUCUCUUGCUUUCUUCUCUUACUUUUCGUUUCGCUCUGAACUUGUUUUACCUUCUUCUAAUUUUCCUAUUUCUUCUAUACUUUCUUAUUUUUGUGAUCUCUCUUGUGUAUUUGUUUCUAUCUGGCAUACUAGAAUAAUUUGAGUGUUGUUUUUCUUCAUGUUUCUCUUCUACAUUACUGUUAUUACUGGUUUUACAAUUUGUUCAGUAACAUUCACUAAACACACAGAUACUUUAGACUUCUAUUCUCCAUGGUUUCUUUUAUUUUUCUUCUUUUCUAUAUUUCUUUUUUUCCUUUAUUUGCUCCACAGACUAUCAAUCAUCUUUUUUAUUAUUUCAUUCUUACUCCUUGACAUAAUAAAACCAAGUUAUUUUUUAUUUCCUUUCUUCAGGAGUUUUCCGAUUGUAUCCUAUUCUAUUAGUUAAUGAAACCCUGUGACGUAUGACAAUUCUUAAACUUCUUUUUGCACGUAUUUACACUUUAUCAUAUUACAACAUAAACAACAUUGUUGUGGCUUAUUUUCUCUAUACAUAACGUAAUUCUAUCGUCUAUCUACGUAUUUUCCAUAUUGUAGUAUCUGUCCCUUCUUAUGAUAAUAUCAUCAGCUCGAUUACAUUCAUGGAGACGUGUGUUACUUGGUACGAUGCUUAUGAGGACUUGUGUAAGUAAUCGACUUUUCUGUUAUACUUAUAUAUAAGCCUUCAUUCAUUAACGUUUAAUACCUAUCACUACGCUUUCUCUGGAUUUAUCGUGUUUCCUACCGAAUCUUGAACACUUUAUUUUAAUUAUUUUUCCUCUAACAACUUUACUGUACUUAUCAGAACACUCCUUCUUUAUCUGAUUAUUUUGUCACUGAAUGUUUGCUACUUGUACUCGCCUACUUACUUCAAUAGCGUUCAUAUUUAACUAUCUAUUUCUUUAACUCUUGCUCUCUCUCUCACUCUCUCUCUCUCUCUCUCUCCCUUCCUCGUAUUUUUCCUUCGCUCUUCUUUAUUUUGCUCUACGGCACUUAAUCUACUUAUGAAAUUUUUAAUUAUGGACUUUCCUUCUUUGAAAUUUUCCAAUGUUCAUACUCUUUAUUACCUUUACAUGCUUCAAAACCCUUUCAUUAUUUUUACUAUCACUACAAACCUGUAUUCAUAUUUCCUAUUCUACUUUUUCUCUUGCGCACUCUUGCUUUUCGUUAUAUUCUGAUACGAUAUCACUUUCAUUUCUUAUGCUCAUUUCGUUAUAUACAUUGCACUUAGUUCACAUAUAAAUACUUGAUAAGAACUUUCUCUCGUAAUUUCUAUCAUCUUCUUAUUCACCAUUUAUUACAUCACAUUUGGCCUUCUUACACGUGCAAAAGAAUAUUAGCGGCUACAGGCCCGUUCUAGUACGUUACACUGAACUUUUCCCUCUCCUCGACUACUUUCACUUUCCUUUUCUUAAACAUUACUAUUAAUAACGUUGUCUUACUAUUACUAUCUUUACUACGCUAUCACUAGAAUCAUAGUCAUGACGUACUUAAUAUCUAUUCUAUCUAUCACUCUUAAAUACUUCAUUUAAAUUUCCUCCAUUGAUGCUUCUCCUUGCCUAGAAUAUUAGUUUCAUAUCGGACUACUUUUUAUAUUUUCAAUUGCCUAUCUGCUACAUUUAAUAUAUCUUACCUUAUUUGUAGCCGGUUCUAGCACGUUAUAGGUACUGAACCUUUUUCUCUCCUCGACUACUUCGGCUUUCCUUUCCUUGAUUAUUACUAUUGCUAUCUAUUUCUCUUACUUUUACUAUUUUGUCUUACUAUUACUAUCUUUGCUACGACAUCUCUAUGAUCAUAUUCAUGAUGUAAUUAAAUUUUACUUUUCAGUCUUAAAUAUCUCAUUUAAGUUUCCUUAAUUUAUGCUUGUUCUUACCUAUAUUUUCUUCUAUUUUUACUAUUUCUUACUGCUUCUAUAUUUACGAUAGCUGCUACAUUUACUAUAUCUUACCUUUUUUAAAUGUAUUUAUUUCCUUUAAGCUUUCAUUCUUGUUUAAAUUUUUACUACGAUAUUUAUACAACGAGUAAUCAAGACCUUUGUUCAUGGCUUUAUAUAUUUUUUUAUUUAAAACUGAACAUUUCACUUUUUUUCAUCUUGAUUUCCUUUAAUAGUCCAAAAUCUUACUUUUUUUCUUCUCUUUACUUCUUCCUUUUCUUUUCUUAAUUCUUUCCUGUUCUUACUAGCUUGGUACGCCUUAGAAAAAAGUAGAAGUCUGUCACCCAGUAUUGUUACCUUUAUGAUGUUGUUAUUUUUUAUUAAAAGUUGUUGUUGUUAUAAAAA